AUGGAGCGAAGGCAUGGCGCACCGUCCACGGCGGGCAUCGGCCUGCUGCAAGACACCCGCACUGGCGAUCCUUGGAUAGGUCAGCCAAAAUAUAGCAAAGGCAUGGUUGCUACGAUCUCGAUCAUCGUUCUCCUCUUUGCAGCCGCAUCGGCACACUCGAGAUGGCAUCGAUAUAAGCAUCAGCGAAACAUCGAUUCAGCGAAGACAGCGCAGGCUCGCGGCUCGAGUCGGCUGGUUCGUCCCAUCGCCGCCGUACGAAUGCUGUCCUAUCGACGUCUACCUUCGCAUCGGUUGGGAUUCAUCAACUUCCGUCUUCCCGUGCUCGGUGCUACUCUGGCGCUCUGCGCGUUCAUGCUUGGCUUCACCAUCUGGACGUUUGUGGUGCAGCCGUACUACCGCGUCGACCGCAGCUUUGGUAGCCCGCCCCUCGCUCUUCGCGCCGGCAUGAUGGCGCUCGGAUUGAUGCCGUUCAUCUACGUUCUGGGCUCCAAGGUCAACUUUGUUUCGCUGCUCACCGGCGUCAGCCAUGAAAAACUUCAAGUCUACCACCAGUGGCUGGCCCGGUUCAUGCUGUUCCUCGCCACGGUCCAUACCAUUCCCUUUAUCCACCAGCCCUUGGCCGACUCUGGCGCUGCUGGUUUGCGUAAGGUAUUUUUCUCCGACAGCAUCAACACAACCGGUGUGGUUGCAUAUGCUUGCCUCUUUGUGCUCUCGUUCGCGAGCAUGACAGGCAUCCGCGAGAGGUGGUACGAGUUGUUCCUCCUCAUCCACAUUCCCGUGGCUAUUCUGUUCCUGGGCUACAUGUUCGUGCAUUGCCAAGCAAUGUUGACGUCUUGGAGAUACCUCUGGGCCACCGCUGCCUUGUAUAUGCUGUCCGUCUUCUUGCGCUUCGCCACCCAGCUGCAACAGAACAGUUUCCUCUCUUUGGCAAAGUGUCAGAUCGAAGCAUUGCCGGGCGGGCUCACCAAGAUGACGGUGGAUUCUGCGCUGCGCUGGCGACCUGGUCAGCACGUAUUUGUGCGCUUCCCAGGACUGGCGCCCCUCUCUGCGCACCCGUUUACCAUUGUCUCGAUGCCGUCGGCGGAUGACCAGCAGCUCAUGUCGACGGUGGUACUGAUGGCAAAGGCGCGUAAAGGCCUAACAAAGCGUCUCUACAAUGAAGCAGCCCGGCUCCAAUUACAACAAGCCGCUCGCCAAAGAAGCGGGUUCGCUCUUUCGGCGCUGCUGGACGGACCCUAUGGUCAGGACGCCAGUGUCUCGAGCUACGAUCAAGCCCUGCUGCUCGCCGGCGGCAGUGGCAUCACGUUUGUCCUCGCAUCACUGCUCGAGCUGUCUUGGCUGUGGCAGAAGAAAGCGGCGACGACACGGUGCGUUCACCUGGUUUGGUCGGUACGACAUCCCGAUUCGCUCGAGUGGGCCCGUCAGCAUCUCAUAACCGUUGCUGCGCUUGCUCCGCCUGGCGCACUCCAAAUCUCGAUCUAUAUCAGCGGCGCCGAUGCCGUUCCGCACGACCUUGGUCUACCGGCGAGCUGGGAGGUGCAGUGGGGUGUGCAUCCUGACGCUGUGUCGGUCAUGUCGGAUCUCGUCCGCCAGGCUGCCUCAGCCUCGACUCCUCAGCAGCAGGAAACAGCCGACGUCGAAAAGGCGUCGAUGAGCUUAUCCAGCACAGCCGCGGAGCGGGUCGAGCGUCCGAGGUCGGCCGCUGCCGUGGUGUGCGGGCCGUCUGGCAUGGUUAGCGACGCCUCGAACGCUGUGGCAGCGCUUCAAUCCGACAUUGUCCGUGGCAAGCUGGGCGGUCUGGACGAUGUCGCUCUCAUCACCGAGCAUUUCGACUUCUAG